UUAUUUUUCAAAUUGAAUGACUUGUUAGAUUGUGUUUUCUCCAGUUGAAUGUGAAGACGAAAAUGUCCUAAAUAUAUGUAUUUUUUUUGCUCCCAGAUAGCGUGUAUACAGCCGUGAGGUUUUCCUGGUGGAAACCCGACCUCCACGUGGUUGGUUGUUUACGUCUUCCAGGAACGGGCCGCAGCGGAACAGCGCUGAUUGGGAAACUUCAUUCCUGGAUACAAUUUCAUUGCAGCAAGUUUGGACGGCUGGAAAAUAUAUCCGCUGCCUCAUCCACAAAGAGGUGCUGGAAGAAAAAAACACUGACUCCUGUUUUCAACUUUCUCUGACUUUAUUAAAAUCCACAAGAAGAAUGUUUCAGCUUGGAAGCCAGCUGGCCCAGUUUCACUUCUCCACAGGACCCAGUACUGCUAUCGCAGGUGCCGAAGGAGACAGUACACCGCCUACCCUAACAGUACAGGACUUUAUCCAACAUGUCAGGAAACUUGGCGGACUGAAAAAAGAGAACAUUUUCUGUGACCUACGAGUUCCGACCCAGUUUCAAACCACCAAGGCAGACGACAUCGACCUUGUCAUCCUCACAGGUCACGGGGUGUUCUGCAUCGACGUGAAGCCCUGGAGAGGAACGGUGUCUUCCCAGCGACAGCAAUGGCACGUCCAGCUCAAAGAACAGCACCACAACUUUACCAACACCUCCAUAGAACAGGUGGCUGACCCCCUUGAGGCCGUCAUGACCAAGACAACUAACCUGUGGCAGUACCUGAGGAGGAGCGGCCUGUCGGUGCGUCAGGAGCUCUUCCUUCCCAGGCUAGUCUUCCUCGCCCCAGACUGCCAGCUGGAUGAAGAGUUGAGGAAGAGGAGGGAGCUGGUCUCCCACAGUCAAAUAGCUGAGUUCCUCCACUCCUUCAGAGAGGGCUAUGUAGCCUGGAUAUCAGACGCCCUGACUCCUGCCUGGCUGUCUGGUCACCUGUCGUACCGUCAGAUAGGGGAGCUGAAACAAGUGGUGAGGAGAAUGGGGACCUGGGACCUGGUCAGACUACAGGGAGGAGAGCAGCUCAAGGGAGACUUCCGGAGCUGUCCUUACAUCGCUCUGAACCGCCAGGAGACUGACACCAUGGAGUUCUUUAAGAUCAAAACCCUGUCUGCUAAUUCACUGUGGGCUCUGCUGGGACACGCCCCUCAGGUGACGGUGAAGAUGUAUAAACGUGGAGCUCCAGGCUGGCUGGGGAAGCCCCUGACGUCCACCAGCACCAUCCCCCACAACACACAGGUCAUCUUCCGGAUCAACGGAGAGGAAACGGACGCCAGGAUCCCCGCUAACACCAUCCAAAGCAUCACACUCAGCAUAUGACUUUUUUUACCCUUGGUUACGGCCCAAAUGUCACCCUAUAUAGUACACUACUUUUAGUGCGCUGGUAUAUGGACUAGGGUGCCACUUUGGGAUCCAUCACAGACAGUGGAUCUGUAUGAGAAACAAGCCUGUUCUCCACGGUCUGCAGGUUUUAGGUGUGUGUGUGUGUGUGCAGUUUUCUAAACUACCAGGUUAGGUAUCUGUUGAAUCAGACUCUAUUUAAACUAGUUUUUUGGCCCUUAAGACCAGAAGGGCAAAGGGAUUGUUGGUAACUGAAGGACCCUGUAGUCCGGCUUCAGGGACCUCCUCCUAUACUAGUUAUCACACAACAAUAACAAUAUAUACCUGCUGUUUUUAAUUAUGUAUAUGAGUACCUUUUUAUCACAUGGAUCACUUAGUUGUGCUCCACAGCCUCCUGCAGGCCACCAAACAUCCCUCACCCACAGCCUCCUGCAGGCCACCAAACAUCCCACAGCCUCCUGCAGGCCACCAAACAUCCUCAACCACAGCCUCCUGCAGGCCACCAAACAUCCCUCACCCACAGCCUCCUGCAGGCCACCAAACAUCCUCAACCACAGCCUCCUGCAGGCCACCAAACAUCCUCACCCACAGCCUCCUGCAGGCCACCAAACAUCCCUCACCCACAGCCUCCUGCAGGCCACCAAACAUCCCUCAACCACAGCCUCCUGCAGGCCACCAAACAUCCCUCACCCACAGCCUCCUGCAGGCCACCAAACAUCCCUCACCCACAGCCUCCUGCAGGCCACCAAACAUCCCUCACCCACAGCCUCCUGCAGGCCACCAAACAUCCCUCACCCACAGCCUCCUGCAGGCCACCAAACAUCCCUCACCCACAGCCUCCUGCAGGCCACCAAACAUCCCACAGCCUCCUGCAGGCCACCAAACAUCCUCAACCACAGCUCCACUUGUCACCCUGUAGUCAAACCAUUGUUAUGCUGAAAAUCUGUUUCAUAAUCAGCACUUAGCCUAAUGUAAACUUCCCCCGUUCACACACCGACUCGCCUUGUUCCAUCCGCGGUGGCCUGUCAUACUCAACGACAAUAUUAUGUUAAUGGAGAUGGUUCAGAACAAUUAGCCUGAUUAAAUGUACUCUUGUUUUGAAUGAUAAUUCUAGUGUCUGGCCCCUGCCACUAACGUAGACGUUAACUAGCCGUUAUGUCAGUUGGUUUGAUUGUCACCCACUACAUGGUUCAGCUGCGGAGUGUGUACCUGACGUGCUAAUUGUUAGUUUAAAAACCGCUGCCCCUUUAGUGUUAAUGAGGGCUGGGGAAGGUACCUGUAUUACUGACUGGCCCCUUAGUGUUACCUGUAUUACUGACUGGCCCCUUAGUGUUACCUGUAUUACUGACUGGCCCCUUAGUGUUACCUGUAUUACUGACUGGCCCCUUACCUGUAUUACUGACUGGCCCCUUAGUGUUACCUGUAUUACUGACUGGCCCCUUAGUGUUAAUGAGGGCUGGGGAAGGUACCUGUAUUACUGACUGGCCCCUUAGUGUUAAUGAGGGCUGGGGAAGGUACCUGUAUUACUGACUGGCCCCUUAGUGUUACCUGUAUUACUGACUGGCCCCUUAGUGUUAAUGAGCGCUGGGGAAGGUACCUGGUAUUACUGACUGGCCCCUUAGUGUUACCUGUAUUACUGACUGGCCCCUUAGUGUUAAUGAGGGCUGGGGAAGGUACCUGGUAUUACUGACUGGCCCCUUAGUGUUAAUGAGGGCUGGGGAAGGUACCUGUAUUACUGACUGGCCCUUAGUGUUACCUAUAUUACUGACUGGCCCCUUAGUGUUAAUGAGGUCUGGGGAAGGUACCUGUAUUACUGACUGGCCCCUUAGUGUUAAUGAGGUCUGGGGAAGGUACCUGUAUUACUGACUGGCCCCUUAGUGUUAAUGGGGGCUGGGGAAGGUACCUGUAUUACUGACUGGCCCCUUAGUGUUAAUGAGGGCUGGGGAAGGUACCUGUAUUACUGACUGGCCCCUUAGUGUUAAUGAGGGCUGGGGAAGGUACCUGUAUUACUGACUGGCCCUUAGUGUUACCUGUAUUACUGACUGGCCCCUUAGUGUUAAUGAGGGCUGGGGAAGGUACCUGUAUUACUGGCGGUUUUGGUUGGACGGCUGAAUUGGUUUGAUGGCGAGUGGCAAAGUCUGUUUUUCCUGAGUUUCUGUAAGGUUUUUUUUUGGGGGGGGGGACAAUUAUGCUCUUCUCUCAAGAGGAUCUUCAAGAGCGCACGUGUUCAGACCCAAACCUGUGUUCAAAUACUAUUUUAAAAUACUUUUCAGUACUUUAGCUGUGCUUGAUUUGAGCUUGCCUGUUUCAAUAGAAAAGUCCCAAAAGUACAAACCUGGCACUCCAGGCAGGCUUAAGCAAAUGCUUGAAGUAUUUGAAAGAUUUUCAAAUAGUAUUUGAACCCAGUUCUGGCUCAACCAGGCUUGCCCAGUACCAUUUUAAUUCCUAGCUUUUAGUGGCACGACCUGUCACUCCACUGCUUUGCUAACAGCUAGCAAUUGUAUUUACUGUGUCUGGUGUUGGGCCUAAAUAAUGUUAUUUCUACCAGGAUAUCAGUGCCUUGAGCUAAUUCAGGAGGGAAAUCUCUGUGGCAUCUCGCUGACUAGCAUCUCUCUCUACCUGAAACGACACCAUACUCCACUCCAGCUCCUCACUUUCCCAAAGGUCUGUUUUUCUACAUGUGCCUGGGGGUUAGGAUGUUUGUUGGGUGUGGGAGCACUGAGCAGCACUACCCCCAUAUAUAUAUAUAUAUAAUACCUACUCUCUAUUCUCAGUGAAACCGUGGUUGCCUUGGGGGAGCCAUUUUUCCAAGCCGUUUUUAAUGGUUUGUGUGUUUUUGUUUUAUACCUAUCGGGUGUGCAUUCAGAAUGGAUGUGUCUUGUGUUUUAAUAUGUAACUAUACCUACGUCUUACUUUCUGAAUGUGCCGUUGGACUUUGAUAUAUGUUCUCCUACUCGGCCGACUCAAUGGUGCGUUCUCAGGAAAAUGUAUCUUUUUGAGACCCUAUCCUCCAACUAGUUUUACAAAGACAGUAGACCUGCUGUGGGACUCUAAAAGGAGCUCUACAGUAGACCUGCUGUGGGACUCUAAAAGGAGCUCUACAGUAGACCUGCUGUGGGACUCUAAAAGGAGAUCUACAGUAGACCUGCUGUGGGACUCUAAAAGGAGAUCUACAGUAGACCUGCUGUGGGACUCUAAAAGGAGAUCUACAGUAGACCUGCUGUGGGACUCUAAAAGGAGAUCUACAGUAGACCUGCUGUGGGACUCUAAAAGGAGAUCUACAGUAGGUUUGCAGAUUAUACUGAACAUUUUUAAAAACAGUCUUGACAAUACUACAAGCACCAUUUUGUAUUCAAAGGCAUAAUUAAGCCAUACUCUGCAUGCUUAUUUUACCAUUUAUAUAUUUUUUUUUAUAGAAAUCUUUAGUGAUUUUAUUAAAUGAUCUAUUCAAAUGUUUGUACUAUGAUGUUUUAAAAAUAAAAUGGUGUGAGAGAAAUCUAA